AUGUCUGCAAUUAAUAUCAGAAACAUUGAUGACAGAAGUAUUCUCUUUAAAUUUUCUAAUGGUUCAUUGGAAGUAACUAUUCGACAAGGUGAUAUAAGUAAAGAAAUAUGUGAUGCUAUUGUUAAUCCAACAAGAGUGUCAAUGUAUCCUAGUGGUGGAUUGGAUGAAAUAAUGCAUAAAGCUAUGGGAAAACUUUUUGAUGAUCAAGUAAGUGCAGUUAGCCAAGAGAUGAAAGAAAAUGCAUGUCCUGUUGGACAAUCAAGAAUAUUUGUUGCAAAAAAUAGUCAAAAUCCAAAUGUGGCUCUUUUUGUUAUAAACACUGUCGGUCCAGUUUAUCAAACUGAAGAAAAAGAAAAAAGUGCUUUUCUUUUACAAUCAUGUUAUUCAACAUCAUUACAGUUAGCUAAUCUAUAUUCAUUAACAUCUAUUGCUUAUCCUGCUAUAUCAUGUGGAGCGAAUCGUUUUCCUCCACAAGAAGCAGCACAAGUUGCUAUUGAAUCAGUGAGACAGUAUUCAUGUAAUGUUAAAGAUGUUCGAUUUGUAUUAUAUGAACGUCCAAUCUAUGAUGCUUUUGUUAAAGAAUGGACUGACUAUGCAGAAAAAAUCAAUCAAGCAGCUACUACUACAAGAUCAACUAUUGAUGAAAGAAGUCGAUUUCGAAUAGCAUCACGAUCAUCAUUUGAUUCGAUUCGUGAUUGUAUUCUUUGUGAUGAACAACAACUACCACCUGAUCGUGAACAUUUAUGUAUUAAAUGUUCAGAGUUAACACGUUCGAGGAUAUUCGAUAGAUUUUUACAACGACUAUGUAUUGCUGCUGAAACUUCACUUCAUGAACUUAAAAAGGCAUGUAAAUUGUUAAAACCAAUAUUAAAUUAUUAUCCACUAGUAUAUGCACCAAUACAAAAAUUUGAUCAAAGUAUUCAUAAACGUGAUGUUGCUGCUGAAUAUUAUGUACAAAAUCAUUGUGAUAAACAAUUUCGUAAUUCGAUGCCAGUAGCUGUUGUUGGUGAUGGAAAUUGUUUCUAUAAUACAUUUCUUAAGUUAAGUGGUGCUGGUGCAACAACUGAAGCAUCAGCAGUAACCUCUGUUGAACUUCGAGCUCGCAAUGUGGUUGAACUUGUUCUUCGUUUGAAUGAAUACAUAAAUAAAUAUGCAUCAUUAGAAAUGAUUCUUGAUAGUUUUGAAGAUUAUGUUCGAAAAGAAAUGGUACAUGAUACACAUUUUGCAUCUAUUUGGGAUCUUUUAAGUAUAUCAACUGUACUUAAUAUUGAUGUUAUAAGUGUUUAUCCUAAAGUUAAUGGUGAUGAAGAUAUACAUUAUCAACUACUUAAUGGUAAACUUUUUAGUCCAUUAAUAAAUAAACAUGCAACAUAUGAUACAAAAUCAAAAAUAACAACGCUAACAGGAGUCAAUCAUGUAAAAAUUCUUUUUACAAAUUGUAACAAACAGUUGAAGAUUGCGAAUAAGAAAGAAGAUUGGAUGCCUAAUCAUUUUGUACCACUUCUCAGUUUGAGAUAA